CAUACAUUUUAAAUGAUUUUCUUCUGUAGAUUAACAAGCGGGAGAUUCGAAGGUAGAGUUAUUGAGCUUCUGGGCCAGUAAAUGCGCGAGUUUAAUAUCAAAUGCAACGGAGGCUGAAUGACAUAAAUGGUGUUUUGCGUGGGAUUGGGGUGGUAGUGAAUGCCACAUUGAAGGAGCAAACUCUCAAAGCUUCAUGGGCGUGGUCAAAAUCUGACUAUCGCAACAUUCUGACUACUGUAUCGAAGUCUCUUUGUAGUAAAAUAAGUGAUCAGAAUCUAUCUCAAACUGCCAGUUAUAUAGCUGGAAGAAUAUGGCUUCUUAAUCAACAGAAUUUUAUCAUUGCUAAGUCACUCAUUUUGCCAAAACUCGCAGAGAGCUUUGGGUUCGUUCCAGCAACUAACGUUGGUGAUAAAGAGGGCACCUCUAACUCGGGUACUGACAUCAAAACCGCUAAUGAUGCAGAAACGUCACAGCUUAAAAGUCAGAAAAAUACAGCUGAAUCGAAUAAAAGAAAACCACUUCUUCUUCAGGACUACCCGAUUCCUUCUCCGCCAACCCUUGAUCAAGUAAGUAUAAUAUAAAUGUUCACUUCCAGAAAGCGUUCUCCAAAGAAAGACGCGUGCCUUCAUCACGUAUAGGACGAGUAGCUGGUUUUGGAAGUAAGAACAGGUUUCGGUUUCACUUCCAGAUUUGGCAUUGAGUCUUGGUGUUGGAGCAGCUACUGAGUGGGCUAAACAGAAAGUUGGAUAUCCUGGUAAACUUACUUUUUCAAGCAUUAAUCAACUUAUUUUGUAGUUUCUGGUGAUUCAGCUGCACCGCCAAAUGUGUUUUUGGCUGAGGCUAAUCUUGAAAAGAUCGUAGACACGUUGUGUCGUAUGCGCGGAGCUGCUCUUAAGCUUGGACAAAUGUUAAGUAUCCAAGGUCAGUUGAUUCUCUUCGGGGACUAAGAAAUCGCUUUGUUGUCGAUUUUGCCGGUUCCAUGGAAUCCAAAUUUUUCCCCUGCUUGUCAGUCCGUCAGAAUUUAUAGCAAACUAUAUCUUGGUUGAGUAAUAAGUUUAGACCCCUUCCAUAUUAGCGCUGUACUAGCGGUCAGGUUGUUUCGGAUCCUCACAAAAUAUGUAGCUCAUGGACUAGUGUGUUAUUAAGCAUUUGUUUAGUUAUUUGCAUGAUUUCGAGUUAUGUGUCACUGUUUUCGCGUCAAAUUUCUUUUACCUCAGGUGUUUUUUGUAAAGCGUCAAAUAUGGUCUUUAGUAGAUUCUUUUUCUAUUUUUUCCUGUCCUUGACUAGAUGAAAGUUUUGUCAGUCCCCAGGUCCAAAAGAUAUUUGAACGUGUAAGACAGGCAGCAGAUUUCAUGCCAGCUAAACAAAUGAGAAAAGUCCUAACAUCAGAACUAGGUGAAAAUUGGACUGAACAUGUCAAUGACUUUGAAGAGAAGCCGUUUGCUGCAGCAAGUAUCGGUCAGGUUCACAGGGCAACACUUAAAGAUGGAAGGUUAGUUUUAUAUUAACCCUAUAAUUGUCACAAUAAUUGUGUUACUGUUGGAUUACUGAAAAGCAAUCAGUCGACAGAAACUGACGUUAGUGGCAGGUACUUUUGAGUUUACUGAUAUGAGUAUCUUUAGCACAGCAACAUCUUCAUACCCCUUGAAAUAAGUCAUAAGAAACUUUGUUACAUACACCCCGUCAAUAAUUGUUAGACUUCUAAGCAUACACUUUUCCUCGUGGUAUAUAUCUAACUGUUUUGAAUUGUUAUCUUUUGAAUUCUAUAUUAAUACCUGCUUUACUGUCAAACAGUAUUGUAUAUUAAGAGUAGUUCUUGACAUUUAAUGAAACCCAGUUAUGUAUAUAGAUAUAUAUUUAUAUAGACACAUAACAUUGGUACAAGGAGGCACCAAAUAGAUAUGCGCCACAUAAAUCAUUCGAUUUGUGUGGGCUAUGAUAUUGCCCGGGUGCCCAAACCGAAACAGGUGAAACCAAGUUAAAAUAAAUCACCUAGUCUCAGUGUUAACAAACAGUGUACGGUGUUUAUUUAUUUAUAUUUGAACACAUGUUGGUACGAGAGAACACCGAAUACAUAUGCCCUACUCCUGACCGUAGCUGCUUCCUUGACGUGGUAGUCGGGCUUGCCUAUCGUGAUGACCCAACCGAGCUGUAUUGGCUGGAACAUAUGUUCCUGUAGGUUCUACCAUGCCAGGCAGGUCGAUUAAAGAACAGUAAGACUAAAAGCAGCAACUCAAGGUUUGUGGGAGAAGUCGUACUGCUGACUUUAGAGGGGUGUGACAGCAGUAAGGUGUUUCUCUCCGACAACCAGCAUCUGCAGCGAUGCUGCCUUUUCAUAAGGAAGGAGGGGGUUGGAAAAGGUCGGCCCUAAAAAUGUCACGCCUCAUGUUACCUCAAAUUUCCGUCUCCAGCGGUAAGGCCCUUUGAAGAACAGAGCUAACACGUCAAAAACUUCCCACAAAAAGGCCGUACGCGACCGGCCACAAGAAGUUGUUCUUUGGGCUCUGCGGUGACACUCCCAGGUCGUUAAGACCAACACUAAUCCGACUUCCUUUUCAGGUUCCUCAAGAAGUACCUUUCCACAGUGUGGGCAGCCGAGAAGUGAUAUCAGCCCACAUACCCGUAACAACACACGAGACCAAGUUGGCCACAUUCAAAUCCCUCCUACACCUCCAAAUAAAUCUCUUAUCUCCACAACUAACCCUUCUCACGUCCCUCUAUCACCUCGCAUCGCUAGUGCAAACGAUUCGAAUACGCGGGAUGCUAUUCUUGGUCUCCUGAAACCACUCUCUAAACUACGUGUAGGAGCUUUUAACGUCCGAACACUGUGCCACCGACUGUCCCGACGUGCGAUGUUCAAUGGCAUAGGAGUAGGUUGGAAGGAAGCUAGGGGCGACCAGACUAAAACAUGGCACAAAUCCAUGAAGUCACUGACAAGUGGUCUGAGCCAUGUUGUUAGGUGUAGACUACCUGGUUGGGAUCGGCGAGACGAUGGUAACCGGUGAUGAGAGACCUUGAAUGACAUGGCUUGAAAUCUUUUGCAAUGGCGCAGGUGCAUCCACUCUUUGUGUUCUCCCAGAUUCUAAUCUUCUGAGUUCUUCAUUUCCCUUUUUUUCUCUUUCCAAAUUUAUUUCACUGAAUUAUACUCCUUGAAUAACAUCUUCAAACCCUAAUGUUUCCGACUACUACCUAUACUCUUACUACUUUUACCACUAUGGGAUUUGAGUCGACAAUUGUAUAUGUGUGCUAAUGUGGUAUGGCAACUCGAACUGAUGUACGUACGAAGUUCUACAUUGUUACUGACUGACUAACUGACUGCGCCACACAAUACCAACAAGGUUGUGAAGAAAUAAUGUAUGGUACAUGUAAUCAGAAGGACAAAAUCUAACAGAAAUUAAUGUACGGGAGUGAAGUAAUAAUAAUGAGAAACAGUUCAUUUAAGAAAAAUACAACAAGAAAGAAUUCUUUGGGUUAAAGAAAAUGCAUCCAUUUUUAUGAAGAAAGUUUAAGUAGGAUCGCCACUGGCUUUUAUUCUGAGCCAUGUCUGAUAACGUCUCUAGCCACUGCGUUACACCAUCUCUCGGACUCCAACCGCGGAGUUGUGAAGGACCAACAGAAGCCAGUACCGUGCAGCAUUCUUUCACACCACGAUACCAUGUCAUACACUGAGCAGCUCUCUUUUUCCAAACGGUCCCAUUGUCGGCAAAUAACUCACGACAUGGAAUUCUCUGGGACGGCAUUGGUAGAACAUGUCUAAGCCACCGAAGUCGAUGUUUCAAGAUAAUGACACCAAUUGAAUAAUUGUCGCAGCGCCGGAAUACACGAUGCCGAACCUCUGUAUUACUAACAUGGUGUUGCGAUUGGAUGUCAGCUAUCCUUCGGAGACAACAAUGAUCGAACACAGAGGGUCGUCUAACGUCCUCAACUCGGAGAGGCCAGGUUUCACAAGCGUAGAGCAAAACUGCUCCCACCGACGCAUUAUAGGGCCGACCUUUUACAGCCAGACUGACAUCACGAAGGCGCCAAAGUUGGCCCAGAUUGGUAUAAGCCGCUCUGGCUUUCACUAUACGUGCAUUGAUCUUAUCACUCACGCCACCACCAGCACUUAUGUAGCCACCUAGAUACACGAACUUCUCGACUACUUCUAUCUGCUCACCAUCCAGGGUGAGUACGGGAUUAGAAUCCUGCCAGUUUUGUAGAAGUACUUUGCACCUCGAAGGUGCAAAGCAUAUACCGUACUUACGGACACUGAUUGCCAACUAAUUAAGUGUGGAUUGCAUGCCUGGGGCAUUAUCGCACAGUAAGACAAUAUCAUCCGCAUACUCAAGGUUGAAAAGUCUUUCUACAGGCAACAGAUCCACACCACCAUUACUUGCAUCCAUCAGAACUAUUUCCAGAAUGUCAUGUAUGGCAAAGUUGAUGAUAAGUGCUGCAUUUGGGCAACUCUACUGCUUGUAUGCAACAGUGGAGAGAGGUGGUUGUUUGCCUCCACUCUACCUAACGUGUUAGUAAAUAGGGCUAUCAAGAUGUCAAUAAAAUUCUCAGGCAUACACCCUUCUUCAACAGGCAACCCCAGAUAGCAGUCCCGUCCAACGAAUCGAAGGCGGCGCUAAUGUCAAGAGACACUGCGAUUAUUGGCCUUUGAUAAGUAUGACGGUGUUCUAACAUUUGGCGGAGGGUGAAGAUAUGAUCAAUACAUCCUCGACCAGAACGGAACCCAGCCUGCUCGUUGCAAGUCAAUCUUUCUCGGGUUUUGAACAAUUUACGAAGUAUUACGAAAGCCAAUAGUUUGGACGCUAUCGAAAGUAGACUUAUCCCCCGAUAGUUCCUGCAUAGGUGACAUGAACCUUUUUUAAAGAUAGGGACGAUUAUCGACUCUUUCUAUGAUGCUGGUACACUCUCUAGCUCCCAGACCUUUGUAAACAACGCAGUUAUUUCCUUCACGAGAAGGCCGCCAUCAUCUUUAAAAAGGACUGGGGAUAAGUCAUAUGGACCCGGUGAUUUGUAGCACUUCAUGAGUUGGAGUUCCGUGCGGACUCCUACCUCGUUAGGUGGAUCAGUCGUCACGGGCUUUGGAAGGGACGAGUAUACGGUACGGCAGUUCGUUCUGUUCUACUGUACGGCUGUGAAACGUGGCAACUAAUAGUAGAAGAUAAUCAUAAGCUACUAGUAUCUGACCACAGAUGUCUUAGAAAUAUCUCUCGUAUCUUCUGGGAUCACCGGAUACGUAAUAGUGAUGUUAGACGCGGGGUAUUAGGGACUGAUGAUAAAUCAGUUGGUGAGGUUGUAAAUCUUCGCUAACUGAAAUGGUUGGGCCACAUAUUACGUAUGCCCAACCACCGAUUGCCAUGGCGCACAAUGCUGACUAGUGCUGGAUAUGGUUGAAAGAGAGUGAGGGGCGGCCAAACCAAAACGUGACAUCAGUGCUUGAAGUCGCUAACUUCUGGUCUGAGCGAUGUUGGUAGAUGCGAAUUAUUUUGUUGGGGUCCUCAUGACUCGUACCCGGUGGUUAGAGACUGGGUGACAUGGCUCAGAAUCGAUCACAAAAGGUGUAUACACUCUUUAUCUUCCCUUAAAAUAUGAGAUUAAAAUCGCUUCAUAUCUUUCUUUCUACCAACUUAUUCUUCCUAUACUAUAUCUUUAUAUGCAAUCUUUUAUAUAUUACCACCAAUGAAUUAACCACUUCUAUGAAUCCGGUGCUCAUCUUGCUAUGCUAAUAAGGUAUGGCAAAUUGAACUGAUGCAUAUAUGUGCCUGGUCCUACGUUGUAGCUGACUGGCUGACUAGCAAUGGAAGGCAGGAAAGUCUAACUGAUGCCGCCGGGACAGCAGACCAGUUGGACUGCUCCUCGAGAAACUGCCCACCGUCAUAGACCUCGGUGAAUGUUAGUGAUUAGCAUCCCAUCGUCUUCGCAGCUAGUUUCACUCACACCAAAAUUCGUGCUGCAGGUGACUCGGAUGAGUUGAAAGGGCUUCCGUCAGUAAACAGGUGUAGCUGCUGCCUCCAACUCGUUGACACACUCCGACCACCAGACUUCUCACAAUUCCAUCGCACAACAAUCUUCGUUUAUGGUCAAACUCGCGAUCACCCGGAGUAAACAUACUGGCUUCAGUAAGUUGUAAGGAGCCUAUAAAAACCCAGUGCUUGUAAGCGGGAAGUUUUGUGAAGCCGUGAGCUAAUUUACUCGCCAUUUUCACGACGUCAUGCAAUUGCAAAUAAUGCUCACUUAUGCUUUUUGCCGGACUGGUAGCUAUCCUUGAAUCUAGAUCGGUUCUACAUUUAUUUGAAACAUAAGUUGCAACCAAUUCGCUGACAUCGAUCUGUUUAGGAGGAUGAAUUUGUUAGCCACUGAAACAUAAGGUAAGAUUAGCGCAAAAAAGGGCAUGAUCAGAGUCCAGAUAGGUACCCCAAAAGGAGCGGCAGUCUUGUACACAACCACGCUAACGGUAGCUGAUCGUGAUGUUACCACUCUGAGUCCAGGCUUAGGAUGCAGAGAGAGGGCGCAAGGUGGCACAUCGGUGAUAACUGUACCGGUAGUUAGUGCUAGCCAGAAACAGGUUGUGGUCUGUGCACAGUUGCUGUAGACGGUCACCGUUAUCUGACCUGCGGACAACAAGUCCCCAUCGACCACCUAAACGACUCUCUUCUGUACCUAGACGCCUGACCUGAGCACUCAAGUCUCCGGCUGGUACUACAAUAUCUGUCGAACACACUCUCUGUAGAACUUUUAACUGGUGGUAAAGCUCAUCUUUGAUCGCAUCCGGGUUGCAACCUGUAGGGGCAUAGGCGGAGAUGACGAAAAGACAUCGUACGGUGUAAAAGCCACGGAGAUAGUAAUUAUAAAAACGCCCAAAUCGUUAUUUCAAGAUCAUAACCCCUAUCAUCACUGCUCUCGAAUACCGAUAAGUAAACCUGGAUACUCGUUAUGUAUUGUUGGAAUGUGUCCCGUAUUAACCAAUCUUAUUAAAAAACGCUAACCAGAAAUCCAGUUUGUAUUUGGCUUAUAUUACCCCCACAGUUGGCCUGAGUAAAAUAUACGGAACUAAACGGAGAAUUUACGUUUCAUGGUUCAUUCAUCAUCUUUCACAAUGGAGUUCGAUAGAGACCACUAAACGUUCGUUCCUCUCUAAAUGGGUGUUGUUUAGGGACUGAUCUGUGUCAAUGCUUAAACUAAUGAUUUUAUUUGUUUAUUUGUUUAAAAGCAAAUAUCGGCAUAGAGGAAUAGCAAAAUAUAUACUCCACUCAAAUAGGAAAUGAGAUUGUGGAAAUAUAGAGAAAAGGAGGUGAGUAUGGUAAGAAAAUGAACAAAAACGAAUAAAAAUAGGUGGAUGAGUUUUAAAAAAUGUAACGGGAGAAGCAGUUCAGUUAAAAAUGUGAUCAGAAGGGAUUCUUCCAGUUAACAAAGCUCCUCUCACUUGUAUGAAGAAAGUAAAAGAAAAUUACAGUAGGACCGCCACUGCUUCCUAUUCAGAACCAUGUCUGAUACUAUUUCAAGCCAAUGUUACACUAUUUUUAGGGAGUGUCAACCUUUUUACUUAUCCUAGAAUUCUCAUCACCCCCGGUGUAUUGGUUUUUGACGAAAUCUUGACAUGGAUUCGAAAAGUUUGGCUAACCUUUUCCUGCUUGAAUCACUUGUAGUGUAGGCGAGAUGUCCAUAUGCCGAUCAAAGGGUGGAUAUACUGCUCAACAGUUUGCUGCAUUACUCCAUAGCUAGGAAACAUGGUUUAUGAAAGUUAAAGUGCGUAGACUGCAGGUCUUUUUAAAACACAACUCGAGUAUCUUGGAACGACCAAGGGAGCAAUCCUGUGCUUAGGCAUAUAGCAUUAAGCAAAUAUGGCAAGUUAAUUAGUGAGAUUUCGGAAAAAGUAUCUCAUGUGCAUAACUACUGCCUACCCUGAUGCGCGUUGUUGACUGGUUUCGGAGUAAACUAAUUAAAAGCUAGGAGUUACCAAACCAAACUUAGCAUCAGCCAUUUUUGGUUGAUAUGGAUUAUCUGGUUGAAGUUUAUGUAAUAACCGUGUUCAGUGAUUAGUGACGUGUGACAUGGCUCAAAACCAAUCACAGUAGCAUAAGUGUAUUGGCGCACUUUUAAUUUUCCUCCCAGUCUUGAAUUAUGUUUUUCCUCUAUGCAUACUUUUCAACUGUCUUUCCGAACUAUAUUUAAAGUGUUCAAUUUUUCCAAUUAAUGUCUCUAAAACAUUAUUUUAUUUUGCAGUAUGUCUUAUACUCAUCCCAUCGUGCUGAUGUGGUAUGGAAACUUGGGUUAUUGUAUUUUUGUUCUAGGUUCCAUGUUGAUAAUGACUGACUACUAGAUGUGAACAGUCCUUUGGAGAUAAUUAUAAUUUAACUUAGAAAGUCAUAGAACAUCCUCAGCUUGAUGUAGCUAAACAUUGCAAGCGUGUAAUAGAAUUGAUUUCACAGUCGUGUUGUGUACUUAACAUUUUACAGUUAGACCAACAUCACAAUGGUAGCAAAGGUGGUAGUAAAAGAAAGGUUGACUAGUAUGUAAAAAAAACUGAAGCUGUGAUGAUUACUGUCUCAUGCUUUAAUUUAUCCCCACAGGUCCUCUACUCAGACGUACGCGACUAAUUUAGGAGAAAGGCUUUUUGAUUCGUCCAGAUAAAUACUUUGCUACCACCAAUGUAGUUUCGUGUCAAAGAUCCACUAUUAAUAUAGCAAAAAUCUAGUACUUGUAAAAUGGUUUGUAAGAUUCCUUUAAUAAAUGUCACAUUCUAUCUUCGUACUAUUUUGCAAAAUUCUAAUGUGUAAAUUCCUGGAAUUUCAAGUAAGGUAGUUGUUUUGAUUAAUUGAGUAGUAGUAUCAUCUCUAAUGUAUAUCGAAAAAUUAUUAGCUAACUGUCAGUGUGUUACUGAUUAAUUUUCUUCAUAGCACUAAAAUAUGUUUAUUUCGACAUGUUCAAAGUCAUUUUGCGUACGUUUUAUUUCCAUUUCACCUGCGAAUAAGAAUUCCUAACCCUUAUGCUAUUGUCUCUUUUUUUCAAAAGAAUUGUAGCAAUCAAAAUACAAUAUCCAGGUAUAGCUGAUAGCAUUGAUGCAGAUAUCAAUAAUUUGACAUCACUUUUAAAUCGUUUUAAUAUCUUCCCACGUGGUUUAUUCGCUGACAAAGCAAUUGAAGUAGCUAGAAAAGAAUUAAGAGCGGAGUGUGAUUAUCUGCUUGAAGCGGUUUAUAGUAAACGUUUCGCUCAGUUAUUAGAGGGUGAUCCUGUUUUUCAAGUUCCACAAGUAAUUGAUGAACUAACAACUAGUCGUGUAUUAACCACAGAAUAUAUGAAUGGAUUAGUGUUAGAUGAUUGUAUUAGUCUUCCGCAAAAUGUGAGAAAUUGGAUUGGUGAACAAUUAUUGAGAUUGUGUUUGAAAGAGUUAUUUGUAUUUCAUGUGAUGCAAACUGAUCCAAACUGGUCGAAUUUCUUGUACAAUCCUCAAACAGGCAAAGUAAGCUCAUGUUCUUGAACUAUAGGUUGUUUUUCGUAUUCUGCGCUUCUGUGGGUUGCUAAAUUUUGCUAUGUUCUUAUGUUAUCAAAUUAUUGCCCGAGUCACCUAUUGUGUCGAUAGGUUACUGUAUUUACGCUAUGAAUACUACUUGAUCCAACAGAAACCUUUAUUUACCAAAUCUAUUCUGUUGUUUGUAACGACUUUCAAGUAUUAUCAACCUUUUAUGUCCCUUAACCCCCAGUCUAUGGUUCCUGGUACAUUCUGUUUAUCGUCUCUAUUUGGUAGAUUUGUUCCUAAACCAACAUUUCAGAUGUGCUGAUAUUUGUCAUUCUGCAGCUCAUCAUGAAGAAACUGCAUUUAAUUCCGGCGAAACUUCUGUAACCCAUUAUCUUCGAUCUUCCAGGUUUGUUUUCCUAUUAGUCUGUCUACUGAAGAUCUCGAUCAUGUGAUUAUGAUUAUUUCAUCAGAAACUUCCUAAAGUAAACUUCAUUUGGGCAAUGUUUCAGGUGUACUUUUUCUAUCUAAAUCCAUCUCGAAAUCAAUACUUUUCGUUAUUUGAAGCUUCAUAAUUGAUCCCCAUUAUAGUCGAUCUUUAUUAUUUUGUGUUAGUGCGUAUAAAUAGUGACCUGUGUUGUGACUUAUCUGCGUUUCUAAUAAGACCAUCCAAUAGACAGUUGAUAGAUGACUAUCGUCAUGAUUUCAUUACAGAUAUAAACAAUCUAUCCUUGAUUCUGGUGGUAUUACACGUUUAUGUUUAUUUGUUCUUUAGAUUAAACCAACAUAUACUAUAAUUGUAACGAGUUUUCUGAUCGAUUUUAUUCGUAUAAUUAAAUGGUUGUAUGUUAGGUCUUAGGCACUGCGUUAAUUAUUCGUGGCCAUAAUGAUACUAUUCAGCUGUCGAAAGUUGAGAUAUAUGUAGUGGAUAACAGUUCGUAAACUCGAGCCAUUAGUAUUAGCGACACGCGUGGAAAAGUCGAAAAUAGAGGUGAAGGAUUGAUAGUAGCGACAGAAAAAUGUUUAGGAAGUAAAGGGAAAAUGUAACUGUAGGAAAAAUAAUCUCGAGCACGAUUACUUCCUCGUCACCUACCCCGUAGGUUUAUGCUUCUUUUGGUAGGAACUUUAAAGCAAACUGGAUUAAUAGUGAAAUGAACGAACUGGAAGAAUGAGUACAGAGCCCAAGAGACAACUACAUGGAGCCAGCCACACAUGGUCUUUUUUCGAGUAGUCUUAAAUGAGUUAGCGCCGUACCUAUGAAUUCUUACCGCUGGUGACUAAAACCCGUGUAGCAAAACAAGGUAUGGUGAUUUUAGGCCCGACCUUUUCUGAAUCCCUCUAUUCGUUGUUGAAAGAGCCGUUGCACUACCGUAAAGUCAGAAGUAGGACUUCACCAUCAGACCUUAAGUUGCUGCUUUUAGUCUUAUCAGUUUUUAACCGACUUGUCAUUGUAGGAUUUAGAGGAACACAUCUUCCAGCUAAUACAUUUGAAUUGGGUCAUCAUGAUAAGAAAUCCCAACCAUCAUGUCAAAGUGUCAGUCUCGGCCAGGUGAUAAAGUAAAUGCGAAAUCGUGGCUAGAAGUCCAGUUUACAAAUCACUUACUUGCAAUUUUUCAUCCUGAUUUUCUUCUGAAGUUGUACUAAGGCUUUCGAAAAUUCAUUUAUUCAUGUCACGUAUGAUUUUUUGUCUUGAAUUAUCAUUGUUAUUUUUAAAUAUUUGUUCUGUAGAUUGUUUUAUUGGAUUUUGGAGCUUCUAGAGAAUACGAUAAAUCCUUUGUCGACACAUAUAUUCGUCUAAUUCAUGCUUCAGCGGAACAUGAUGAAGAAACUAUACUUAAACUAUCGAAAGAUUUAGGCUUUUUGACUGGUUACGAAACAAAAGUUUUACAACAAGCUCAUGUGAAUGCAGUCAGUAUAUUGGGUGAAGCAUUUGCUUCAGAAGAAAAUUUCGAUUUUAGUCAACAAUCAACAACUAAACGUAUCAGUCAUUUAAUUCCUGUUAUGCUUGAGCAUAGAUUAAGUCCACCACCAGAAGAAAGUUAUUCAUUACAUAGAAAAAUGUCUGGUUGUUUUUUGUUAUGUAGUAAAUUGAAAGCUGUAGUUAAUUGUCGUCCAUUAUUUUAUGAAAUAUGGAAUAAUUAUCAGUUCUCCGAUACUAAUCCGUCAGAUUAAAACUUAUAUAUCUAUACAGACAUAACUUCUUGUUAAUUAUCAUUUCGAUUUGUUUUUAGUCUUUAAUUAACAACGAACUACUGUUACUACUUUUACAGUUCGUUUUUAUGUUGGUGGAUUUUAUGAAAUAGAAGUAUUUUAUCACUGUAAUUUUUGUUCUCUUGAUGUUCGUACGGUUGUGUUUAUGCAUCGGUGUCGCUUUUGUGUAUUUGUUUCUGUUAUUUAUUUUUUUUAAAAAUAUAGAAUAGAUGAAAUGUAACUAGAAAUGGAGUCCUAGACGCGUGUGUUUUUCCUAGUUGAACACCAUCAACUGGAUUUAUCUGCAUUUUCGGCAGCCCCCAAAUGCCCUGGUAUGAUCGUGGGUGGGGAGAGUCCUCUCUCCCUCUCGAAUUUCUCUCAUAUGUUCACGUGUAUAAAGUCACUACCAGGGAAGUCCUACUCAUUGUCUUCUUUCGGCAAGGGUGUUGCUUAUGCAACGAAUCAGUGUCAUUUAAGGUCCUUUCAAUCUGAAGGUAAAAGCGGGCGCUUUUAGUGCGAAUAUGAGAAAUUUAAAUUUCCAAAAUAAAACUACAAAAAUGUGACUUUUACCAAGUGGUUUCUGGGGACUUAGCAUCCCCAACAGUUUACAAAAUUGAGAGGACGAAAAUGAAAUAGCUGGUGCUUAAACCGGGUUGGUAGCUACAAAGGAUCCACCUUGGGGUGUGGAAAACCCCGAUUCCAAAUUGAUGGUGCAUAUCGGCUCCAGGGUUCUGGCGUAUGGACCUAUUUUUGGUUACCGGCUAUCAUGAGACUAGAUCUCCUAACGUUGCUCCACCGCCUAGUGGAUUAGACCUAUGGGUCAAAUGCUCGGGAAGUGGCCACCUAAGGAAACCACUUGGUCCAGUCCUAACACGCGUUGAGUACCUCAGCUCUCGCACUAAUUCGAUGGUUUUUGUGGUGCAUAUCUAUUUAGAUGCCUCUUUCUACAAAUAUUUGUGUUUAAAUAAAUAAAUAUAUAUAUAUAUAUAUGAACCUCUGGGAUUCGAACCCAUCAAUUUUCGUUUCAAAUGCCUAGCGGGCUAUCCACUUACUGAUUUCAAAUAGUCAUUCACUUGUGCAAUGAAUAUGAAUUUUAAUUCAAUUUGGCAUGUGUUGUUUUGUUGUUGGAUUAUUAACAAUCGAAAAUCUAUUAUAAAUUAAGUUGUUG